CGCGUUGUCCUUUCCCCACCCGCUUUGCUAAAGCACCAAGGACAAUGGAGACGGCGCCUUCCAGCUUAAUAUAGAGCCCUGGAGAUCAGCCCUGCAUGUAUGCCCCCCCCUUCUCCCCCAAGUGGGGGCCUCAAGAGAGCCUGAUGACCGCCAUUUUGCCUGGCCGCCGCACCAUGAACCCUUGCCCUGUGUACGAGAAGAAAAGCGGCAGAGUUUUCCUGUUCUUUAUCUGCGUCCAGAUACAUGUCACAGAAUGGCAGCAGAUAAAGUCGGGGAGGAACGCAGCCAGGCUCUGUUACGUCUCCAGCCAAGAUGGCGGCCGCACAUGGAGCCAGACGACCGAUUUAACCGAUCAGGUGAUCGGAGAUGACUUGAGAAAUUGGGCCACUUUUGCUGUUGGGCCUGGCCACGGGUUGCAAAUGAGCUCUGGGCGCCUAGUGAUUCCAGCUUAUACCUAUUAUAUCCACAAACGUUGGUUUGGCCAUUCUCUUCUGUGCUGGACCAAGCCUCAUUGCUUCGCUAUCUUCAGUGAUGACCUUGGGCAGAAGUGGGUCCAGGGCCAACUCCUCAGGAACCUGAGGACAUCAGAGUGCCAAGUUGCAGAAGUGACCUGCCAGGGCAAGAGCCAAGUAUUGUACUGUAGCGCUCGCAGUCCGGACAAGAGCCGUGUUGAGGCCUUCAGCAUGGACCAUGGAGACCGAUUCGAGGAGCCCUUCCUAUGCAAGCAAUUGUGUGAGCCGCCCAACGGCUGCCAGGGCAGCGUGGUGAGUUUCUCCCCAGCGCUGCAACCCUCGGAGCUGGGUCGAAUGAAAAAUCCAGGUGAAUCAACUCAUCUGUUGGGCAUUCAUUUCUCCUCGGCCUCCGUUGAGAACACCGGGUCGUGGCUGGUUUUCUCCCACCCCACCAGUAGGCGUAAACGAGUCAAUCUGGGCAUCUACCUCAACACCUCUCCGCUUGACAAGGGCUGUUGGAAGUCCCCCUGGGUGCUGUACGAAGGCCCCUGUGGCUACUCGGACCUAGCCGUGUGCACGGAGGGCCAGUCGCUGCUCUUUUGUUGUUUGUUUGAAUGUGGAGUGUCCAGCGAAUGUGAAGAGAUCGCCUUCCAGCUUUUCACCGAUGCCGAGCUCCUGAGGAAUGUGAGGGAAAGCUGCUCUUGCGCUUCUCCUUCAGAAGAGCAGCUGCCCUAAGUCACGGAUAUGGACAGAAGACCUUAUUGGCUUCUGCCGAUCUCUGCUUAGUUAUUGGUGUGGAGCUCUGAGGCAUAGGUUUUAGAAAAUGGCGUCACCCGGGGGGCCCUCCCGUCUACCUGUCCUGCUUCCAGAGGUUGCCGAGUCUGCAGAGUGCUGCUGACAGGUAACGAGGUCCAGCUGGCAAGGCGAGGAAUGUGCAAAGUCCGUAAAUCAAGGGAGUAGUCGAGGACAGGCCGGGUCGGAGGUCAGAGAGACAGUUCCAAGGAGCAAACACAGGCAGUACAAUAGCAGCUUAGAGAACUCGUUGAAGCCACGCUGAAGGGAGCCCUCCCUCUGGCUUUUAUACUCUAAGGGCAUUCGGUCAGCUCGCACAGCUGCUUCAAGUCUCCUCCUCUGAAGCCCCUCCUUCCUCUGAGAAGGCUGGCCAGUUCAGAGCCCGGAGGCGUGCAGAUUGACGUCGGGUCUGUAAGUCUCUUCUGUCCCUGCUACGCCGACGUUGCUCUCGAUAGUCUGGAGAUGUUGGAGGGGAUAAGGAAGCUGGCUGCAUCUGGGCCGGUGGCUCUGGGUGGGGAAGGGGAGCUUCUGGCUGGGAUUCAGCCUCUGACUGUUCAGCUGUGGUCGGCUGCUGGGAGACAGGCUGCUCCUCCUCAGGAGGAGCAAGGCUGUCAGCAAGCGUCAGCUGUUCCAGUUCCUCCUCCUCAGAGGACUCGUCAAGCUCUGGCUGUACUAUGACACUACCUCACUGGUAAAGAGCACAGAGAACUUGUCGCUUCCACAUCCGUAAGCACGAAAGGGAGAUCUGGUUCUCUGCAGUUCAAAGAUUCCCUUUGUUGUGAUAUUUUUUACUUCCAGAUUUGCAGCCCAAGUCUGUCUGCCAGCUCACACGAAUCACAAAAUAGGUUGGCCUUGACUUGAAAGUACCUGAGGCCUGAACGGUGCUAUCUGCUCUCUUCCUUCUUUGGAGAUAGAUCAAGAUGGGUAGCCAUGUUGGUCUGUCUGUAGCAGUAGAAAAGAGCAAGAGUCCAGUAGCACCUAUAAGGCUAACAAAAUAUGUGGUAGGGUAGGAGCUUUCGUGAGCCACUGUUCAUACCCCACCACAUAUUUUGUUAGUCUUACAGGUGCUGCUCGACUCUUAAUCUUCCCUUCUUUGGUAUUGUAGUUCUAAAGUUCGUGAAAAAACAGUUUGAAGUUGGUUGGGCAAACGUAGUGAGAUCUCAGCAGAUGGAGAUGGAGAUGGGUUAAGGAGAACAACCCGCUUAUUUAUUUUUAUCAUGUAGAGCCUGCUUUUCUUGCUGAGAAUCUAGGUGGAUUCCAGAUUUGUUGCUUCAUUUACUUAGACAUUUCUCCUCUAUGGGGUCCCAAAUCGGCUUUCACCCUCAUUCCUCCCUCCUCGGCUUUAUCCACACAACAACCCUGUGAGGUAGGUUAAGCUGAGAAUGAGUUUUGUGAAUUUGCAACUAGCCCAAGAUCACUCCACAAGCUUUUAUUUAUUUAUGUUAUUUAUAAUCCACCUUUCUCACUGAGAUUUAAGGCAGAUUACAUAGUGUUAAAUCAAUACAAUCUGCAGGAUGGGACAAACAGAUCAGAUAUGACAUGGUAAAGGAUGUAUAAGUUACAUAUCAUAGCAUAGUUACAUACAUUGCAGAAUGAGGAUUUGAAUUAAGAACCAAGAAGGUUAAAUUAAUCCAAAUUAAAGGGCCCAGGAUUAAAAU